CCAAGAUGUCAAUUUGUGAGUGACUAACAAGGAUUUGUCUUUACUCCUGGUAUUAAAAGUUUCGUCGCAAUUUUGUCAUUAAGGGUGGAUAAUUAUAAAGUAUUUCUUAAUUCUAAGCGAGAUUAAACUUCUGUGGAUGGUAAAAUAUCAAUAAAGAAAAAUGACAUCAUCUAACACUUUGCAAAAGGCUAUAGACCUCGUAACGAAAGCAACAGAAGAGGACAAGAACAAGAACUAUGAAGAAGCUCUACGUCUCUAUGAGCAUGGAGUAGAAUACUUCCUUCAUGCUGUCAAAUAUGAAGCUCAGGGUGAACGAGCCAAGGAAAGUAUAAGAGCUAAAUGUUUGCAGUACCUAGACAGAGCAGAAAAACUUAAAGAGUAUCUCAAAAAAGACAGCAAGAAGAAACCUGUGAAAGAUGGAGAGUCAAACUCCAAGAGUGAAGACAAAAAGAGUGACAGUGACAGUGACUCUGAUAACCCAGAGAAGAAGAAACUGCAAGGCAAGCUUGAGGGAGCUAUUGUUGUUGAGAAACCUCAUGUCAAGUGGAGCGAUGUUGCCGGUUUGGAGGCUGCCAAAGAAGCUCUGAAGGAAGCAGUCAUCCUCCCAAUCAAAUUCCCUCACCUAUUCACAGGUAAAAGGAUACCCUGGAAGGGAAUCCUUUUGUUUGGACCACCUGGUACUGGUAAAUCUUACCUAGCUAAAGCAGUUGCCACUGAAGCAAAUAACUCCACAUUUUUCUCAGUCUCAUCAUCUGAUCUUGUUUCAAAGUGGCUUGGUGAGUCUGAGAAGUUAGUAAAGAAUUUGUUUGAGUUAGCUCGUCAACACAAGCCAAGUAUCAUAUUUAUUGAUGAAGUAGAUUCUCUUUGCUCAUCUCGUUCAGACAAUGAGUCGGAAUCGGCUCGUCGAAUCAAGACCGAGUUUCUGGUUCAAAUGCAAGGUGUGGGUAAUGACAUGGAUGGUAUUUUAGUUCUUGGGGCUACGAAUAUCCCGUGGGUACUCGACGCCGCCAUCAGAAGACGUUUCGAGAAGCGUAUUUAUAUAGCUCUACCAGAAGAACAUGCAAGAUUGGAUAUGUUUAAAUUGCAUCUGGGUAAUACGCGACACCAACUGACUGAGCAGGAUUUGAAGGUACUUGCUGCUAAAACUGAGGGAUACUCAGGUGCUGAUAUAUGUAUUGUGGUGCGGGAUGCCUUGAUGCAGCCUGUACGUAAGGUGCAGUCUGCUACACACUUCAAGAGGGUUUCUGGACCUAGUCCUACAGAUCCUAAUAUUACUGUAAAUGAUCUCUUAACCCCAUGCUCUCCUGGGGACCCAGGUGCAAUGGAGAUGACUUGGAUGGAUGUACCAGGCGACAAACUUAACGAGCCUCCAGUAACAAUGUCUGAUAUGCUUCGGUCCCUAGCAAUAUCCAAACCUACCGUUAAUGAUGAGGACAUGACUAGACUAACCAAGUUCAUGGAAGACUUUGGUCAGGAAGGAUAGGUUCGAUGCAUUUUACAUAUACAAAUACAAGAUUUUAUUGGCUGUAUUGUAUUAGAGUUUAAUCACAGUGCCUAAUGUGUUGCAAAUGUGGUCUUUUUAUUUUUAUAACAUUUUCAAUCUAGAUUAGACCACUUGUAUUAUUGUAUACAUAUUUCACAAUUGUUAAUUGAUGUUCAAAUGUAUCACAAAUAUUUAGCUAAAUAUUUUCCACUGCACCAUACAAUGUAUUAUGGAUUAAAAAUUGUAUGUGAUGUUACAGCUUCAAUAUUAAUUAAUUCAGAUAAUAACUAGGUUUAAAUGAUUCGGCUAAUCCGCAUUUUUCACGCAAUAAAUUAGUACUUAUAGAUUGUUUAGGAUAUUUUAUAAGAUACUGGUCCACAUUAGAUUAAAUAAAUUGUGAAUUGUUAUACAUAUGUACCUUCAGAUUAUAUUGUUGUGGCGUAAACAGAAAUAUUACAAUGUUCUAGAAUAAGCAGUGUUUAUUACUUAGACACUGAUGUACCACGCUUUUACAUGUGCUUGUAAACUUCGAAUUUGAAUAUUUUAUUCAAUUAAAAUAAGAUAAGCAUCAGCGUGUUAGAUAGGUAGAAUUAAUUCAUUUUGUUACAUAAUAAAUAUAUACAAAACGAUUAUUAACAGUUUGGCAAUUAUUAAAGUCCCAAAUUUUGUCAUAUUUCAUUAUACAUACGUAUAUUUAGAGUUUUAAGAUGUAAUAUGAACAAACGAUUAAUUUCCGUUACUUUGGCGAUUCAAUGAAGUAAGGUAAAGUAUACUCCCUUAAUAAAGAUAAACAGUCAUGUCGUGUCUUUUUAGACAAGAACUUUUUGAAAAACGAACAAAAUAUUUAGUGGUAAAUUGGAUUCAAUGGUAAGUAAUAAUAAUAAAAUGGUUUUAUAAAAUAGUUGAGUUGCUCUAGACAAAAAGACACCAACUUUUUUAAAGUACCUAUUUAAUCAAAUGGAGUAUAUUAAAAAUAAAAGUUUUGUAUUCUGCAAAUGUUCUAAUUAAAUUGAAAAUUAUGGUAUUAGUCUCGCAUUUUGUUGAUGAAAUACUUUCGAAUUAUGUACAUAUUGUCUCAAGUUAUGUUAGUUUCACAUAGAAGUUAAAAGUAUUUUUUAUUUUGCACAUUACCUUUAUAUUCGAUUACUAUUGUUUAAUUUUGGCCUUAGUGUAACAAUUUUUUCGUUCUUAUGUAUAUUAUAAAAAUAAGUGAUUACUGAUUACAUAUUAUAAUGUUCUA